UAUUAAGGCCACUCUAUCCGGCGUAAACGGAAUGCCGCACGCGAUCGCCUCCUUUUGGAGAGCUUCUGUUGACGCGUUUUCUAACUACUCGUCCCGAUUCAUGGUAGGUACUCUCCGGUUGUCACUGCUUCCGAUACUCUCUUCGAGUUCAGAACUUUCUCAAUUCGCACGCGCUUUCAGCUCUCGGCCUUUCCUCGGAACGGUGUUUUGCACUGCCACGCCCGUUGUCACGCGGUCCGCGCGUGCCGGCUCGGCAGGAAUUCGCGCGCGUUCGGUACCGCGGGUACCAGGUUCCCACGCGGCGCGCUUGACCGACUCGACAAAACUCUAUGUUCGACGCUUCCGCGGAUACCAAGGAUAUCCCGAUCCUCGAACUCGCGGACGACAGGGAUUACCGUCUCGACUCGACACAAUCUGUAUCCGUUCUCGGAUAUCUGUUCGACACGACACUCGGCACCGGAUUUUUUCGGAUUCACACGACGUAAAGUUCUUAUUUCCGACACGACACUCGGGGUAAUGGGGCUUAUCCCACUUCUGAAAACUGUAAGGAUUAUUUUUGACUAGUAAUGACCGACUCGGGAUGCGGGUUUACGAUAUACUUUAUUCAUUUGUACAACUCGUAUAAAUCGACAGACUCACGCUUACACUUGUUCGUACGGCGACGCGAUGGAGAGUAACGAGCUCCAGGCUCUACCCGUAUUGCUCCGAAAAUCGGAGCCGAUCGGAGCGCUGCUUACAUAAUUACGAUUCGCACGCUUUUCCAUUUCGCAUACCGACAUUUGGUGCCAUCGUCCGGUGGCUCGCUAUAUGCUUACAUAAUAUUGUGUUUGAUAAGAACGCGAACGUACAUUCGUGUACGUAAAAUAAAUCGUACGAUUUCUAUACAAAAUAGACAUAAGAAAAAAAAAUUGUCAAAAUUUGUCAAUAAUAAAAUUACAUAGAGAGAUAUUAAUAUAUAUGUAAACAAUGGUUUUCCUUUCCAUUCAUAAAUCCCCAAUUUGUCAAAUAAAGUAUUAAAAUUUCAUUGAUUUUUAUUUCAGCUAAUUUUCACUUCAUUUCACUUAAUGUGUUUUGCAACAAAUAUACAUACAUAAACAAUAAAAUUGCUAUAUGAAUGCUAUUUUAAUUAUAUUAAUGCUACUUAAAAAUAGUACAAUUUAUUAACAAUUAAUUCAUUUUUAAUUAAUAAUUUCCAUGUAUCCAAUAUUGUUCAUAAUUCCAAUGUAUCCAAAAUAUUUCAAUGUAUUCCAUGGAUUCCGAUAUUAAUUUUAGCUUAGCUAAUUUAUAAAUUGAUGUGACAUACUUCUUAUUCAUCAUUCUGGUGAGAGUUUCGUUUAUUCUGUAAUAACAUUGUCAUUAUUCACUUAAUUAUUUAUUAUAUACUUUAUUUCACUGAUUAUCCCAAGUAACAGCGAUCAUUUUUCGGCUUUCUCUUCGUGUAUUCGACAAAUUAAGCAUAAGCGCUUCGAAUUUGCCGCCUAAUGAUGACGUAGUUAGGCUGCAAUUCUCAUUGGUUGGCUGGCGUUACCAUGCGCAAGAGCAUACCCUUGUAUUUAUAUCAUGAUCUCGGCAUUGUAUUACGCCCGUAUUCAUAGUCCUUCCUUGAGGAAUGAGGACUCCUUAUUCCUCAUUCCACGUUUCAGAAAUCUUCCUGAAUCAAACAAGGAGCCUUAUUGGCUCCCUUAUCUCAAGGGAAGUCAUGAGCUUCCUUGAGGAGGAGAUGCAACCUUCUUAACAGACGACGCAUAAAAUAUAAAUGAAAUCUAACCUCCAAAAAUUAGUUUAUCACAUUUGUCAUGUUGUUCCAAAGUUUCGAGCAAGGUUGAUAAUGCGUGUCACAAAACUUAAAGAAAAAAAAUAGACAACGAAUUUAUAAAUGAUUCUAAUAUGAUGGAUUUGAAGACGAAAAUCCAGAGGAUCGAAAUCUGUGGCGGCUUGCGAAAAGGUACAUACGUGAUUGGGAAAAUCCCACGGAAUUUUAUGAAGAUGUUCCUUUUCGGAAAAGGUAUAGAUUCAGCAAAGAAGCUGUGAUCGAGAUCUUAUUACCUUUGGUAAAUGCUCAAUUGAGGCGUUUAAAUAAUCGUGGACUGCCGGUUUCCCCGUUAAUGCAGCUGUUAAUAACAUUACGUUUUUAUGCAACGAGCAGUUUUCAGAUUGUUAAUGGAGACUUGCGAGGAUACAGCCAAGCAACAGUAUCGAGAAUUGUUGUACGAGUUUCCAAAAUUUUAGCAUCACACUUAAACGAAUUUAUUAAUUUUUCUACAGAAGAAAAAUGUCGGAAUAAUAAAAAUAAAUUUUAUGAGGUGGCCAACUUUCCAUCUGUAAUAGGGUGUAUCGAUUGCACCCAUAUAUGCAUUAAGAAUCCUGGAGGGAAUUAUAGAGAGGUAUUCCGGAAUAGAAAAGGAUGGUUUUCUUUAAAUGUACAGGCUGUAGCUGAACCCUAACGAGAAAUUCUUGAUCUAGUUGUCAGGCAUCCAGGUUCAACUCACGAUGCCGUAAUAUUUGAUCGAAGCGGUCUGCGCUGUCGUUUCGAGCUAGGGCAUCUAGAUGGAAUUCUACUUGGAGAUAAUGGAUAUGCGUGCCGCAGAUGUCUAUUAACGCCUGUUUUAAGACCUGAGACAGACGCAGAACUUCGAUACAAUACUGCACACAAGAAAACGCGAGUUAUCGUUGAACAAAUGUUCGGAGUUUGGAAACGUUGCUUUCCAUGUCUGUAUUAUGGCAUAAGAACGAAGUUGAGCACAUCGGUGGCAAUUGUUUGUGCUACAGCCGUUUUGCACAACAUAUGCAUUAAAUAUAAUCUAGGCGAAGUGUUUGAAGAGGAGCUAAAUGAACAAAUCUUUGAGAAUAUUGUAAAUCGAGAACAAGAUGGCAUAGGACUUGCGCAUAGAAAUGCUUUUAUUAUAACACAUUUUUCGUAACUACUGUAUCGUGAACUAAUUAUAUUUUUUAUAUGAAUGGCACGUCAAGAUUUAUACAAGUUUAUAAUUGUACAAAUGUAAAAAUAAAAAUAAGUUUUUAUUCAUAAAA